AGCUUGAAGCCUUUUGGUAAGAAUGCCCAGGACAUCAUGCGGCUGUCUGCUCGUCAUCGUUAGCGUCAUCAGGAAUUCUGCGUGCUAUGACAUCGCCAGCACCGUGAGCUGAGCGAAUUUGUUUCGUGAACUCGCGUUCGGUCGAUUUAGCUCUUUUGGUCGAUUUAUACUUUUGUGUGAGUUUUAGAAGCGGUCAACGUUUUGCGUAGGGGUGUUGGAUAGCGUCUGGGUUGUGAGACGAUGAUGUUAAGAUGAGCGAAGGCAGGUGACGGCCAUGGCCGCGUAGUAGCGCAAUUGGAAUGUGUCACGGCUGAUUUCGUACUCCAUUUUGCCUACUUAGUCGAGAUUCGGGGAUUAUUCAAGUAUCUCGGCGUUGUGGAGGCAAGGGAUGCUCUAAUUUUUGUUGUGGUUCGGUGGAGGCUUGAUGAGCGGAGUGAGUUAGAGGGAUAGCUCUCUCAGGAACUGCCGCAGCUUUCACAAGCUGUUGAGUGUAAGUCGUAUCGCUGUCGCAGCGCUCGGACGUCGUUCAUCGCAUUUUGAGAGGGUUAUAAGAUUGCCCCUUGUUGGGUAAUGCCCUGGCGGUAUUGUGGCAUUGGGAGGACUAGUAUGUGAAAGGAACGGUGUUAUUGCAUAUGACUUUUUUCUAAUUUUUGGACCCUUGUUCGUUGAGUUAACUUGAAUCAAAGCGGAUUGUUGAUUGAUGCUACUAGUUGAAAACGCACGUAACGUUUUUCUACCGACUUCCUACAUCAAGGGCCUAUAAGCUAAACCAGUAUUUUUACUAGCCAGCGGAUGCAGUCAAGCCAAGGUAGUGUAAGUCCUGGUUGUGGAGAGUUACUACAUGUUGGUUGGUGUUCUCGAGGAGGUUGAAAUGCGAGUGAUGCAAGUAGGGCGAACCAUUGACAGAGCGGUGUGGCUGGCCAAACGCGGUGGGGAGUGUCAAAAGUUGGAUCCAGAAAUAACUCGACAUUCAACCCCUGGAAGUUCAAAUUGUGCGCAAUUACGUUUUGUAGCAGACAUCCUCUUCGCGCAAGCUCAGAGUCACAGUUGCAGGAAGGGCACGAGCACUUCAGGCGGGUUAGAGAAUAGGACUGUAAUGAGCGUUGGGAACACUAGGAGGUGCCGUAGGAGGGGGCAGGAUGCGAGAUUCUCAUACCAGCGAGAUGCGGUGGUACUCAGAGAUAUCGACUGCCGCGUUUUGUGAAUCGUUGGACCUGCGGAGGACCCUCUUACUGAAACGGCAGUCGUUUGUUAGGGGUAAACAAAGGCUCCCACUCCUCGAACCUGCCAGUGCAGAAUUUAUUUCUGCUUUGGCCGCUGGAAAAAAUUCACGUCAUACUUUGCAAGUAGGAUGUGGAUUGUCUACGCUAGCCCUUGCUGCAGCUGCGCGAGCCACCAACAGCUGCCUGUUGUCCGUGCAUCAUGAAGCUGAGAAGCAAGAUGUUGUUCGUUAUUUUCUUAAGGAGAUGGAGUUGUCUGAUUAUGUGAGAUUCAUUACAGAGGAUCCCUUGACCUUUAUUCCUCGGAGAGAAGGACUGGAGUUUGUGUUGCUCUCAGGACAGCCUGAACGCUACAUUGAGAUUUUUGAUGUUCUGAAGUUGAAGAAGGGAGCAAUUGUGGUGGCGGACAAUGCCUUAGAUGACGCUACAAAUGAUUACAUUCGACAUGUACGUCGACAACCCGGUGUUGAUUCUUCAACCCUACCUCUGAGCCGAGGCAUUGAAGUAACCAAAAUAGUCACCUGGAAGAUAUUCAAUAGAGGGAGAAAGAAGUUUGAGGGCAUUGAGGAGCUGCUCGCUGAUAAGGAUAGCACGCGUCGACCUGGAGUAGUUCCUGGGUUAUGCAGCAGUUCCCGCUUAUCUGCACGGUCUGGUGAUGCAUCGUCACGAUUCUCUGAUUUCGACGCUGAGGAUGACCUCGAUCAAUCGAAGGCAGCGAGUAGCAUUGGAAGUCCUACACACAGUGAUAGGCAUUAUAAAAGUGGAUAUGCUACAUCAAUAGCGGACUCCGAAGACAAAUUGCUACAACAUGAGGUCAUUGAGCAGCAGUUCAAAUCAAUUCAGAGUCUCGCUGAGCAAUGGCGGAUACAGCUAGCUUCACUCGGUGAAAGUUCUGGCAAUUCCCUGUCAUCUGCAGAAGAAUCGAGGCGUAAACUUCCUGACGAGGAGCCACUUGCACUUUUCAACAGUCAUGAACAGGCCAUAGAAUCGCCAAGCCGUGAAGCUUCAGGAGACCUUGAGCCAGGAAGUCCUCAAAAGGCUUCUACGUGCUUGAAGGAUCUGCUGAACCGUCUUGUUUUAUUGUUUCAUGGUGUUGUCCAGUGCUGCAGUCAGAACAUGAUGGACUUGGAGAACAAUGAUACUUCCUUGCCUUCAAGUGAAGCAUCAAUGGCAGAGAGAGUUGCACCUGAACCCCUUGAGUCUGAUGAGGCUGUUUUUUCUACUGAAGAAGUUGUCUCGGAUUAUGAACAACCCGCCUUUAAAGUAUUUUUUCAGAUUGACAACGGACAAACGGAGGUUACAGUUGAGGGAGUUGACCAAGAAAUGUUGCUCUUUGAUCUCACACAAGCAUUCUACGAAACUGGUGUCAGUGUUAAAAGGGCCAAAAUAGCAACACAAGACACAUGUAUAGUCGACAUCUUCUACGUGGUGGAUGGGGUAACCAAGGCACCACUCUCAGAGUCUCGUGAGGAGGAAGUCAAGAUGCGCAUUUUGGAACGCCUUUCAGAGCGCCACCAGGAAUUAGCAAACUAGUAAUUGAUGCCUAUUUAAUCAUCUGGGAUGAGGGGUUGUCAUCAUUCCCUGUUUUUAUUUUACGUUUGCUUAUGUUAGUUGCCUUCAUUAAAUCAGUACUUCAUCAAGCACAUGCUGAGCCCUUGAUUUCCUUGUUGAAUAUUUUGUCAGGAAUUUUCAGGCACAAAUUGCUGCUAGGCUAGGGAACCUAACAAACCACCUGCGAACCCCUCAUUUGGUAUUUACACCUUAAGUGUAGAUAGCUCUUUUUCAAAAUUUCAAGUAGUAACUAGAAAGCUCGGUAUAGUUGUAAUUUGUACGAUACUAUUUCUCUUAUUAACCCCAAUUUUCCAUUAGGACAGUUCUUAGCUUUUGACUAUAUUUUAUGGCAAGUCUGCAGUUGAGCUGCAGAAUAAUGUCAUACAUCCAUAUUUUAUUCUCUUUUGUCACUUUUAUUGUGCGCAAAAGUUAUGUGGAAGACCUGUACCUAAUGUGGACAAUAAAAGAAUGGUCUUAUGAGAGCAUCUUAUUUGUCAACUUAAA